AUGGAAAAAUCAUGCAAAGAAAAAGAACAGCCACAGAGCACACCAAUGGUCGUUGAGGACCGGCCUCUCUUGGGGCAACCUCCGGAAGAGCACCGUCCCAAGGAGGAGCAGUCCUCAGAGGAAGGGUUCUUUCUCCAGGGGAUCCUGCCCGAGAUGCUUCAGCCUAAAGAGCGCCCUCCGCGUCAGCGCCUCUCCCGCCAGGACCUGUUCCAGGAGCAGCCUCCCUUGGACCAGCCUCCUGGAGGAGUGGGCAAACGUAAGCUCCAAGAAGGAAGUUUCAAAGAAAGGCUAGCCCGGUUUUGCCCGCAAUUUAGAGGGGAUAUAUAUGGCAGAAACUUAAGUAAUGAGGAGAUGAUAAAGGCAGCGGAUGAGAUGGAAGAGAUGAAAAGAGUAAGAAACAAACUGAUUAUACUGCAUGGGAAGGCCAAAUGGAGCUGUCUUUAUCCUAUUUAA